AUGUCCAUUCCCGACACCAAGUCAAGCAUCUCCACAUACUCCGAGAAAAACCACGAGAAUGUGGCUGUCUGCAUUGUCCACGGGGAAUCCCAAACCCCCCAUCUAGACCACCAGCUGCAACAGCCCCCCACCAAAACCCUCCUGCAAGCUCUCGCGGCAGUCUUCAACGAUCUUGCACAGCAGGAGCAGUGCACCCAAUGCACUUUUGAGAGCUCGGCCACUCUUCGGGGCCAUCUUCGGAAUCUGCGCGCUGCGAAGAAGAGUGGGCAGGUGCAGUGGACGAAGCGGGAGAAGAAGAUGCUCAAGGCGGAGAUUAAAGGGUUGAUGAAGGGCGCUAAGGGGGAAGAAAAGAAGGAUAUGAAGAAGAAGACUUCGAUGUUGUGA